UCGGAAAGGUCUAGGCCAAGCAAGCGGAAUAUUCAAGCCAAGAUGCGUGCUGCCGUCGUGUUUGUUGUUGUGAUUUUCGCCCUCCUCAGCGUCCUGGAGGCUGUGCCCGCUCCUCAGUUCGGAUUCGGCUUCCCCGGUGGCUAUGGGGGAUACCCCGGCGGCUAUGGUGGAUACGGUGGCUAUCCCGGCUUCGGUGGCGGAUAUAACCGCGGCUUUGGCGGCGCCAGUGCCAGUGCAUCCUCCUCUGCCUCGGCAUCGUCCGGUGGCUUCGGCGGCUUCCCUGGUGGAUUCUAUGGCUAAGCUCUGUGAAAACCUCAUCCUAAUUUAUGUUAAUUAAAAAAAAAAAAGGUUAUUUUAAUAGUAUUGUGAGUCAAAAGUUGAUUUCGUAACUCAUUAACAUGUUGGACAAAUAUUCCGAACAACUUAGAGCUCGAAAACAAACAAUAUUUGCAUACCACUUUAGAGAUAAAAAAGUUUAUAAAUAAAAAUCAAUAUCAUUAAAA